CCCCAGAGCGUCAUCCUUCCUCAUUAUCUCCCAGACUCGGAAGGAAACAGCCCACCGCCACCACCACCACCCCAGACCGGCUGUUCCUCCUUCGCUCAGGCCGCUGCAGGACGCUGCAGGGCGGGGAAGCAGCGGCAGGGGCCCCGGUGGUUGAAGCUGUGGUGCUGUGACAGCUGCCUUCAGCGAAGACAAGCCGUCCUGGAUGCGCCUUGGCAGCUCCAGCCGGAGCGUCAAAGAGCGCGUUUGUUUCUGCAGGAAGGCAGCAGGAGACGGGGGAGGCUUCCUCAGCAUGUUUUUCUCCUUGGCUUUAAUUUGGACACAGCUGCUGAUCCCAGAGUGUUUUGCUGGAGGACCCUUCCCUACUCACCAUCCGGGUCGCCUGCCUCCAUCUCAGUACCCUCAGAGAGAUGUUAACGAGCUGCCAGAGUCCCGCCCUCACCUCCAUCGCCACCACAACCACCAGCACCACCACCGGCACCCAGUCCGGUCGGCCACGGCGCCCGCCGCUGCCCGCCACGAUUCUCGGCUCCAGCAGGAGCUCGGCCCCCGGCGGAGCCUGGACCUGCUGGAACAGCUGCACCAGGACGUGGAACCGGAUCACUUUGGCUGGCGUGUUGUACCCGGCGAAUAUCUGAUCACCAUGUACCUGGCUGUUGGUGUGAGGAGGCUGAACAUCAGUCACCUUCUGUGGUUUCGGGACGGUGUAGCGGCGGCGCUCGGCGUUGCUCCUCAACACGUUCACAUCAACAAGCUGAAUGCAAAAAACGGCAUCGAGCUCUUCGUGUCCUCUGAGAGGCGGGACAUCGUGGAGCUCCGCCCUGCUAAGGAGGUCGUCCAAUCGCUGAAUCGCAGCGUUCUUCAUCACCAUCUGGCCGACUUCGGCAUCACAGAGGUCAAACCGGAGUGCUGCAGAAACAUCCCAGACUCUUCGCCUUCGUCUCCGAAGAAGAACGUCCUGCAGGACGAGCAGAGGGAUCACGCAUGGAGCAGGGACGGCCUCUACAACGUCGUCCUCUUCUUCACGUUCUUCCUCAUCAUCGUCACCUGCUUGAUGGUUUUGUAUCGAAUGAAACAGAAGGUUCCCGUUUCUGAGAAGCACCUUAAAGCUCCGCCCCCCGACCGCCACGUGAGCCUGACCAUCCCCCCAGAGCCCACCAAGUGGUCAAAGAGCACCACGGUUCUCAAGACAGAAAGCAUGGUCCAGUCUGAGCUCCCGCCAGCCGUAGCCACACCCAUUCACCAGCAGCAGCCAAUCACAGCUUGCCGCCACCUCGCUCCUCCUGUCGUCCCUCUGCCAAGGCCCACCCCUGUUCCUGUCAUCAACACUGAGAGCCGCUCCCUAACGAGCGCUCCCCCGGUGACGGCCACUAACGAGCUGAAGCCGUGCCCCUCCCCUUUCAGGAUGAAGCCCGCCGCAGGCCUGCAGGAGAGACGAGGCUCUAACGUGUCCCUGGUGCUGGACAUGUCGGCGCUCGGCUCGGUGGAGCCCCUCAGCGUCUCCGUGGUAACCCCCAGGGAGGCGGCGGCCAGAGAGUACCUGCUGGCGGCCGGCCGACCGCUGACACGGCAGCAGCUUCGCGACGUCGUCAGCAACACGCACAAGCUGCACGUCGAGUUCGCUGAAAUUCCCAUGAAUUUCAUCGAUCCCAAGGAGCUGGAUAUUCCCAACCACGGCACUAAGAACAGAUACAAGACCAUACUGCCCAAUCCUCAUUCCAGAGUGAUCCUGAAGUCAAAGAGCUGCAACGACCUGCUGAGCUCCUACAUCAAUGCUAACUACAUACGGGGUUAUCUAGGCGACAGCCGGGCCUUCAUCGCCACUCAGGGUCCCAUGGUGAACACGGUGAACGACUUCUGGCAGAUGGCGUGGCAGGAGGACUCGCCCGUCAUCGUCAUGAUCACCAAACUGAAGGAGAAGAACGAGAAGUGUGUCCUGUACUGGCCGGAGAAGAGGGGCAUCUACGGGAAGGUGGAGGUUCUGGUGAACAGCAUCAGGGAGUGUGAGCACUACGCCACCCGCAGCCUCACGCUGAAGUGUGGGAACCAAACCCGCGUGCUGCAGCAUUACUGGUACACGUCGUGGCCCGACCACAAAACCCCGGACUCGGCGCUGCCGCUGCUGCAGCUCAUGGCCGACGUGGAGGCAGACAGACGUGCCGCCGCCUCCGUGGGACCCGUCAUUGUCCACUGCAGUGCUGGGAUUGGACGGACAGGAUGCUUCAUCGCUACGACGAUAGGCUGCCGGCAGCUGCAGGUGGAGGGAGUGGUGGACGUGCUGAGCAUCACCUGCCAACUGCGAGCCGACAGAGGAGGUAUGAUCCAAACAGGCGAGCAGUACGAGUUCGUCCAUCACGCCCUGAGUCUGUACGAGGCCCGGCUGUCGGCCGAAUCCGGCCAGUGAACGCCCGCCGCCGUGGGACCUCGGCUUCAGACCGGCCGGGUUUUUAUGGAAACAUGUCAUGAGCUUUGGGAGUUCUCUCCCACCGGGAGACUCUUUGACGUUGAUGGAUGACAGAUUGUGUAAAUUGUGAGCAGCGACGGGAGAAGGAAAGAGGAGAAGGUAAAUUUCAGCAGUAGGGAUGUACCCCUUCUUCUUCUUCUUCUUCUUCUUCUUCUUCUUCACCGCCGGGUGUGUUGUUGGCGAACAGUGACACUCCAGGGACUUCCCCUGUCACCCAGCUGACCUCUGGAUGGCGCCGUUUUUAAAGAAGCUGACAGGAUAGAUUGACAUUGUUUGAUAACACCAUGUGACACGUGUCUCUGUGUCUUAUAGAAUUUUAAAUUAUUUUUUAAUGUGACGUUCUUAUCAGAUAGCUUUUUGGAACAUGACUGUUAUGUGGUUGCACCUUUAGUUUUAGCUGCUGUGGAAGUAUUUACCCGACACGGUCAGCCCUGUUUGUGACCCCUGUGAGCAGCAUUUUACCCGUCACAUGGAUUUUCCCAACAUAAAGUCAGAAAAAAACUUCGUGUUUAGCAAAAGGGUUUAUAUUAGGAAGAGUUUUUAAUCAGAAAGAGAAGGCAGAAAUUAAACUUUAAGUUUUUCAAACAUUUGUGGCCGCUAAACGUUGUUAAACCCCGUUUUUGUUCAGAUCUUCCUUUUCCCUUUUUAAAAGUAGAGGUCUGAGAUCCAGGAUUUUAUGAUAAUCAAUAAAUUGCCGGACAAUCCAAAAAACAAAAAUCCACAUGAAUUUAUCUGAAUAUAUAAAGUUAUUAAGGUAAAGUCUACUUGGCCCUUGCAGGAAUAUAAACUGGCUUAAAGGUUUUUCUGUUAAAAUGUCAGUUUAAAGGUUUAUUAUUCAGCUAAAGUAGCUAAACUGUCUCUGUAUAAGCACUAAAUUUAUUCUUUAAUCAUAUUAGAUAAUUUUUUUUCCAAUGACAACAACUGGGCCACAGCCAUUUGAAUCAUUAGGGACACAUCUAGAACCUGCAGGACACCUUGAGCUGGACAGGUGGACGAGAUCAUUUCACUUGACAC